ACGUGUUUUCAUUUUGGACCCCAAGAUGGCAGCAGUCCCGCCCGAGACGGAUGUGGUCGGCCUCGUCGACGCCAUGAAGGCGCAGAAGGAGUGGACGAAGGCGAUCGUGUUCGACCACGAAGGCAACUUCAUCGCUGGUACCGUGAAGCCGCUUGAUGGCGAGAUCAGCGCGUACUUGCGUCUCUACGACGACCGUGACACGACGAUGGGCACGGGUAUCGUCUUUCUCAACGAGCAAUAUGACGUCCAUCGCUUCCACCCGCCGCUCAUCUAUGGGCGCAAGGGCGACCCGGCCAAGGAAGAAGGCGAGGGCAUUGCGCUUUGCAAGGUCGAGAAGAAGGUGCCUGUCUACUGCAUGAUCACAUACGUAUUCCCGACGCUCUCUGCCCGCGUUGUGCCUCAGCUCCAGGCAUUUUGCGCCCAGCACCUGGCGCAGUAAAGUAUGAUCCACGAUUUGAUCAUCGCUAGCAUCUCGUGCAGUUCAAAUGAGUCGUGAGCGAUUUAAGUUACGUGGUUUACAAAGCGCCGAACGUUGUCUGUCG